CAGUUCACAAGCCGCAGAAGCACGUGCUGGGGGAUGGCAAAGACCCUACAAUUGGGGCAGGGCUGUGGUUGGAGUCCCCAGCCUCAAGUACCAUCUCCUGUGCCGUCCAGACCACGCAGAAGGAGAGACUGAAGGUGGAGCUGGGCUUACGGAGCACGCCAGUGUCUGUCCUGCGGGAGCGGGACAAGGACAGGAGAUCCAGCAGCAGCAGCACGAGAGAAGCAAGGCUGACUGUUGUGAAAACCCUUGAAGAGUUUGACUUUGGCCAUACCGAAAAGUGUGUUAGGAUAAACUCCGUGUCCAGCGGUCUUGCAGAAGAAGAUCUAGAGGUGCUUUUGCAGUCCCAGACCCUUCCUUCAAGCAUGAUGCUGCCAAAGGUUGAAAAUGUGGAAGAAAUGAGAUGGUUUUCAGACAAAUUCUUACAUCACCUAAAAGGCCGAACACUUGUAGAACCAAUGAAUUUUAUCCCCUUUGUGGAAACUGCAGUGGGCUUGCUCAAUUUUAAGGCUGUCUGCGAAGAAGCACUGAGAACAGGAUCCCAGGUUGGCUUUCAUUUGGACGCAGUCGUCUUUGGAGGAGAGGAUUUCCGUGCCAGCAUAGGUUGUUACCUGGGUGUUUACUAUAAAUGUGAAC